UGCUCUUUGUACACCAUUACCAUCCUCACCAUACAACUUCGAGCGUGCAUAGGGUCACGCACCACCAAAGGUCUCCCGAUCGGACACAUCGUCAAACACCAAAAUGUCCGCUCCUCUCGCUGACCAGCUGGAUAUUGUCAUCCCCACCAUCAGGAACCUUGAUUUCCUGGAGGAGUGGCGUCCUUUCUUCCAGCCCUACCACCUGAUCAUCGUGCAGGAUGGCGACCCAACAAAGAAGAUCCAUGUGCCUGAGGGCUAUGACUAUGAGCUCUACAACCGCAACGACAUCGAGCGCAUCCUUGGCGACAAGGCCUGGGCCAUUUCGUUCAAGGACUCGGCCUGCCGUUGCUUCGGGUUUAUGGUGUCGAAGAAGAAGUACAUUUACACCAUUGACGACGACUGCUUCGUCGCCAAGGAUCCCUCCGGCAAGCCGAUUAACGUCCUGGAGCAGCACAUCAAGAACCUGCUAACCCCGUCGACGCCCUUCUUCUUCAACACCCUCUACGACCCCUACCGCGAGGGUGCCGACUUCGUUCGCGGUUACCCCUUCAGCUUGCGCGAGGGCGUGCCCACCGCCACCUCUCACGGCCUGUGGCUCAACAUUCCCGACUACGACGCCCCCACGCAGAUGGUCAAGCCCAAGGAGCGCAACCAGCGCUUCGUGGACGCCGUCAUGACCGUCCCCAAGGGCACCCUGUACCCCAUGUGCGGCAUGAACCUGGCGUUCGACAGGGAGCUCAUUGGCGCCGGCAUGUACUUCGGUCUGAUGGGCGAGGGCCAGCCCAUUGGCCGCUACGAUGACAUGUGGGCCGGCUGGUGCACCAAGGUCAUCUGCGACCACCUGGGCGUCGGCUGCAAGACCGGCCUGCCCUACGUGUGGCACAGCAAGGCCAGCAACCCCUUCACCAACCUCCGCAAGGAGUACAAGGGCAUCUUCUGGCAGGAGGAGAUCAUCCCCUUCUUCCAGAACCUCACCCUCAGCAAGACCGCGACGACCGUCGAGGACUGCUACCUGGAGCUGGCGGAGAAGGUCCGCAAGGGGCUGGGCCACAUUGACCCGUACUUCUCAAAGCUGGCGGACGGCAUGGUGGCCUGGAUUGAGGGCUGGCGCAUGCUCAACCCCCCCAAGUCGGCGUAAAGCGGCUGCUCAGGUCGCUAGGCGCAUGGGGGCUUUAGCAGCGUGCUAAGUGCUCGUUUAGCUUUCGAGGAAUGUAUAGGUGCUGUCACACAGGGACAGCUGCAUUUUUGCACGGAUUGGGACACUUAACCAUGCUAGGAUUGCGCGCUGUCGGUCACAACGGCCGUGAGGUGUAGGAUACUCCGCGCAUCUGUAUAUGGAACUUUAAACGUCCAUGAGCCGCUGGGCACGGGGUCCCGGCUGUGGUGUCUUACGUGUGCUGGAUAGUGACAACUAGGCAUGCUUAUAGCCAGCACGAGCAGGUGCAUUCAGGGUAGUACAUUCGCUGGGUAUUUGUAUGCCAAAGCCUAUCCAGCUUACGUGGGGCCCUUGGUGACCAACGCUUGUGAUUAUAAGAGUGUGUAGCUGGUAUUGACAUGCCAUGUGCACGCGCGUGGGGAAAUAUCGUGUAUUCUGUUCGUGGAUGUCUGCUUAAACCCGCUGUUUGCCAAGUGUGGAUUUACUCCAUACCCCUUGUAACAACAUGCUACUGG